GGCAGAAAAUUGAAAUUCCCAUGAACCUCCCUGAUACAUCGACAAAUUGACGAGCUAUCUGAAGGAGUCACCGUCCCACUGAAUUGGCCUCAAUUAUCACAUCACAUUACAUUGCCCGUCUCACAGUCUAAGCAAAAUCUUACCCGGGCCCGCCCUCUCGAGCUUGGACCAUGCCACCCAACCCUUACCUCCUGGCUGCCGACAACAGCCCAGCCCUGCUCCCCCUCCUCCAGGAGAACCCAGCCUUGGCCUCCGCCCAAGACGACCACGGCUACUCUCUCGUCCAUGCCGCCGCCAGUUACAACCACCUGGACCUCCUCCGCGUGCUGAUUCACGAGUUCAAGGUCGACGUCAACCUCAAGGACGAAGACGGCGAGACGGCCCUGUUCGUCGUGGAAACGGUCGGGGCCGCCCGCUGCCUGGUGGAAGAGCUGAAAGCCGACGUGCAGAUCCGAGGUGCCGAUGGCGUGACGGCGAGGGAGAAGAUAGAGGGCGAGGCCGAAUUCCCGGACGUAGCUGAAUAUCUGGCGUCGGUGGAACGAGAGCGGUCGGGCCAGGCCAACGGGGUCUCCGCAGCCGGACCCGGGCAAACACCUGCAACUGCGACGGCGACGGCGACGGCGCCAGCAGAGCUGCCUCCCGUUCCCGAGGGGCUUAGCGUGUCAGUUGGGACGAUACAACAGGCCGAGGACGUCCCGGAAGAGGUGGACCCCGAGUUCAGAAGGCGGAUCGAGCAGCUCGCGGAACGAGAGGAUUUCCACACACCCGAGGGACAGGCCGAGCUGAGGAAGUUGGUCGAAGAUGCGCUACUGGGCCAAGAUCUUGCUUCCGAGCGCAAUGUCCGUCCGAGAGAAGGUUAAAAGUGUGGUCUUUUUUUUUUUUUUCCUUCUUUUCCCCCGUGCAUCAUGCAUCCUGGCCCUUGAUCUCCCACAUCAGAUACUGGCCCGCAGAG